UUGUCUUCCAGUUGUAAGAAAAAUACAGGAAAAAAGAAUUGAAAAGCCCUAAAUAAAAAAGUCGAAAACUUUAGCUUUGACCAACUCUUUCCUCUCUUUUCAUGGUAGACCCAACUCUCUCAUUUCUUACUCUCUGAUUCAUCUCUCUCUCUCUCUUCAUUUCCAUGGAAGGAAGGUGAUGAGCUUUCUCAAUCUCUCUUUACUGAUUCUUAAUGAAAGUCAUCUCCUUUCUCUUUGGUAUCCCUUUUCUUCUUCUCUGCUUAAUUCCUGACCAAAAAUUGUGACAAGAUCUUUCAAUCCAAAAGCUAUAUACAUUAAGAGCUCAGGUCACUAUCUGACGGGAUCCGUGACAAUAGUGGUUACUGGAGUCAAAAGCAGCUCCUUGAAUCUUGAGUGUUAAGUAGAUAGGUAAGGUAACCGUUCAUGGCCUCGAAGUAUGGUUCUGGAGUUCUCCCAGAAAAUAAGAAGGAAAAGGGCGAUAAGGAAACCCCGGAAACAUCUUAUUCCAGUCAAAGUGUCUCAGUAAACACUUUGGCAGAUCAAGUAUCUUCAACUUUGUCUUUUGCUCCAAGCAGCGACAGUAAAACUGGAGGUGAAGUUAAAUUUAAUGAAAAGUCUGAUCAGAGCGGGAAGAGUAACACAUGUAGACCAAGCACAAGCAGUGAUAUCAGUGAUGAGAGCACAUGUAGCAGCUUUAGUGGUAACAACAAGCCUCACAAGGCGAAUGACGUGAGAUGGGAAGCAAUUCAAGCUGUCCGAACGAAACAUGGCGUAUUGGGGUUGAACCAUUUUAGGCUCUUGAAGAGGUUAGGGUGUGGGGAUAUCGGAACUGUCCACCUUGCUGAGUUGCACGGAACAAGGUGUUUUUUUGCAAUGAAGGUUAUGGACAAAGGGGCUUUGGCUAGCCGUAAAAAGCUUCUUAGAGCUCAGACCGAGAGGGAGAUAUUGCAGUGUCUUGACCACCCUUUUCUCCCAACUUUGUAUAGUCACUUCGAGACUGAGAAGUUCUCAUGUUUGGUUAUGGAGUUCUGUCCUGGAGGUGACUUGCAUACCCUUCGACAAAGACAGCCCGGGAAGCGAUUUUCAGAACAAGCAGCAAAGUUUUAUGUAGCGGAAGUACUUCUUGCAAUGGAAUAUCUUCAUAUGCUUGGCAUCAUAUACCGCGAUCUAAAGCCAGAGAAUGUUCUUGUUAGAGAUGAUGGACAUGUGAUGCUUUCUGACUUCGACCUCUCCUUGAGAUGUACUGUUAGCCCCACAGUGGUCAGAUCAACUGUUCUUGCGUCUGAAGGGCAAAAGAACUCGGGUUAUUGUGCGCAACCUGCUUGCAUCCAACAGCCAUCUUGCAUUUCUGCUCCUACAACAUGCUUUUCUCCACGUUAUUUCUCAAGUAAAUCCAAGAAAGACAAGAAAAUGAAAAACGAAACUGGAAACCAGGUAAGUCCAUUGCCCGAGCUCGUUGCUGAGCCCACAAGUGCUCGCUCAAUGUCAUUUGUUGGCACACAUGAGUAUUUAGCUCCUGAGAUCAUCAAAGGUGAAGGGCAUGGGAGUGCGGUUGAUUGGUGGACUUUUGGGAUCUUUUUGUAUGAGCUAUUGUUUGGUAAAACCCCGUUUAAAGGGUCAGGAAACCGAGCAACACUCUUCAACGUUGUGGGUCAGCCUCUGCGUUUCCCAGAAUCUCCAGUUGUCAGUUUUGCUGCUAGGGAUUUGAUUAGGAGUCUGCUUGUGAAAGAGCCUCAGCAUAGAUUAGCGUAUAAGCGUGGUGCAACUGAGAUGAAGCAACAUCCUUUCUUUGAAGGAGUGAAUUGGGCAUUGGUUCGAUGCGCUAGCCCACCAGAGAUACCAAAACCGGUUGAUUAUGAGAGUGCGCCUGCUACUCCAGCAGCAGCCACAUCUACUAGUGUCAAGUCUGACCAGAGUAAUUAUCUGGAGUUCGAUUUCUUUUGACAUAUUUCAGCAAGAAAACUGCCAUUAGAUUUAUCAAUUUGUUCUUGGCGAUCUGCAAAUACGUUUAGUAUUUUGAAAAUGUGAUAACUCUUUUUAAUUCUUUGUCAAUGCCAUUCUUGAGAGUUCACGCUGAGAUGGUUUUGUGAUUACCUGCAACGCAAAGAAGCUUAAAAGCCCUAAGCUACUUUUCUAAAUCAGAAAUUGCGAAAGCUGA